AUGAAGUUCUCGACGACACUGAGCCUGGCUCUCGCGCCACUGGCACUCGCCCGCAGGGUCCGUGACGUGCACCACCCUCGGUCUGAGAUCGAGUCCCUCGACGAGGAGACGGGCGUCGACAUCCUCGACGAGCGUGGCGUCAAGGUCAUCGAAGGCAUGAGGGGCGCGGGCAUCACCGUCAACUCGCGCACCGAGGUCAUCAUCAUCUGGGCCAACCCGGGAGGCGGCGCUCCCACCACGACCAUCAACCAGGCCGUCACCGUCACCAAGACGGUUACCGCCGGUGGCGGUGGCCAGGAGACCAAGCCGGCCGAGGCCCGGGCCACGCACACGGUCAAGGUCGGCGGGGCCGGCGGCCUGACCUUCCAGCCGCAAGAGCUUAGCAACGUCCCGGUCGGCGACAUGAUUGUCUUUGAAUUCGGCCAGCAGAGCCACAGCGUGACGCAGUCGUCGUUUGCCAAGCCCUGCGUGGCCCUGGCCGGCGGCAUGGACUCGGGCUUCGUGCCCAACCCCAACGGCACGGUCUCGCCGCCGCCGCGGGUCGCCAUGCAAGUCAUGACCACCGAGGCAACGUGGUUCUACUGCAAGCAAAAGGGCCACUGCGGCAAGGGCAUGGCCUUCUCCCUGAACCCUACUGCUGAGAAGACGCAUGCGCAGUUCCAGGCCGCGGCCAUCGCGCAGAACGGCACCGGCCAGGCGGCACCCAUCGCAGGCGGCAACGGCUCCAACACGGCCAGCCCUCCUCCGGCCAGCGUGAGCACAUCUGCCGCCGCGCCGGAGGCAACUGGCGGCAACGGUGGCGGGAACAACAACAACGCUGGCAACAACGGCUCCGUGACCCCCGGCCAGGGCACCGUCAACCCCGAUGGUAGCUGCAGCUGCGUCGUCACUUGCUCGUCCGGCGCAUUCCCCGCCCAAAACCAAGGCAUCGGCUCCUUCGGCGGCAUGGGAGGUGCUCUGCCCCUCAACAUAGCUCCGAUGAAGUAA